UGUCAUUUUGUUUUCAACUUUCAAACCCAUUUUGCUUUCUCAUUCUCAUUUUCCAUAGAAUCUGAUGAAGAAGAUAAUGAAGAAACCAAUAUUGGAAGAAGAAGAUACCAUUAUAGAGGUGAAACAAGAUUUCAUGGUUUCACCUUCUUCUCAAACUCAAUCAACUCUCAGAACUGCUUAUUUUCUCAAACCCAUUGCAAACUUCAUUCUUAACCCACCACCACCACUAUCUUCUUCUACUACUUCUGUUUUUGAUUCAAAGAAACGUUCUUUUCAAAUCCGUUUUAAUGGCUGGCGCUACCCACGCAACUGGGUUAAGUGGGUUGAUCAACUUCAACUCAAAUAUGAAUCACUAUGGAAGAAAGUUGGAAUCUUUGAUGCUAUUAUGAGUACUAAGAGCUGCAUAAAGAAAGAUCAAAACUUGUUAUGUGGGGUUGUUGACAAAUGGUGUUCUGAGACCAAUACAUUUGUGUUCCCAUUUGGUGAAGCAACAAUAACUUUGGAGGAUGUUAUGGUUUUGGGGGGUUACCCUAUCAUUGGUGAUCCUAUUUUCAAAUCACUUGAAGAUCAGAGAAUGAAAGAGUUGGAGCAGAAGCUCAUCAACAUUGAAGAAAAGGAGAGGGUUAUCAAAACUAUGCCACCUUCCACAUCUGUGUGGAUGACUUUUUUCUUUGGUAAAGGUAGUGAAAUUGAACAUGAAGCAUUUCUUGCUACUUGGUUGUCUAUUUUUGUUUUUCCUCAUAGAUACUUUAUUGUGAAAAGAUCUUUGUUUCCUAUUGCUAUUCGUCUUGCUAGAGGUAAUACUAUUGCUUUGGCACCUGCUGUUUUGGCUAGCUUAUAUAACGAUUUGAGUUUGUUUAAGAAAAAAAUUGUUGAUUUCAAAAAAUUUCCUCUUGAUGUUAAUCUGCAAUCACCCUUUUACUUGGUACAAGCUUGGGUGUGGGAGAGAUUCAUAAAUUUGCAGCCACAACCGAAGUUGAUCAACAAUGGAGACCAUGUAUUGUUGAGGUGGCAUAAGGUUGAAGCGCCCUUGAAAAUUAACCAUGUGAGGUUGGCAUUAGAUUCAUCAACAAUGGAUGAUUUUAUUUGGCGUCCUUAUGUUAGCUAUGCUCAUAAGUGUGGAAUGUUUUACCCGAAUGAUGAAAUUCGGGUACCAUUUAAGAACGAUUUGGUGGAUAAACAAAUGCUCUUAUUUGUCACAUGCUUGAGAGUUUCUGAGCUAGUUGGGUUUGAGUUUAUAGAGCAAUAUCUACCACAUAGAGUUGCUAGGCAAUUUGGAUUUGAUCAAGAUGUUCCUGGUUAUGUGUCCAGACUCAAUGAGACUCAAGUCAUUGCAUGGAAAAAUUACACCAGACCCUUAUCUGAUACAAGUUUAUAUUUUCCAUCUAGGUCUUUUAAAGCUGGUGUUACCACUUGUUAUGAAAAGUGGUGGGAGAAAUCAGUAUUGGGUCCUCAAGGUUUCGUUAAGAAUGAUGUGCCCCGGAAGAGAAUUGCAAGUUCAAAAUAUAGACCACAUGCCAAGGUUCCUAAACUUGUUGGCUGUGGCACUGCUGCUUCUGGAAAAUCUAGUGACGACGGUUCAAAAACUAGCAAGGGUGAUAAUAUUGUUGAUGAUGAUGUUCCUAAACUUGUUGGCUGCACUGUUGCUAUUGAAAAAUCUAGUGAUGAUGGUUCAAAAACUAACAAGGAUGAUAAUAAUACUAUUGGAAAAUCUAGUGAUGAUGGUUUUAAAACUAACAAGGGUGAUAAUAUUGUUGAUGAUGAUGUUCCUUCUGAUUUUGUUCCUAAACUAGUUGGCUGCCAUGUUACUCUUGGAAAAUCUAGUAAUGAUGGUUCAAAAACUAGUAAUGAUGGUUCAAAAACUAGCAAGGGUGGUAUUAUUGUUGAUAAUGAUGUUCCUUCUGUUCAAGAUGGUGAUGGUAUGAAAGCUGGGGAAAAUAUUGCUGCUGAUGGGGGAAAUAAUGUUGUUGAUGACGUUCCUUCUGUUCAAGAUGGUAUGAAAGCUGGGGGAAAUAUUGAUGCUGAUGGGGGAAAUUUUGAUGAUGACGUUGCUUCUGUUCAAGAUGGUAUGAAAAUUGGGGGAAAUAUUGAUGUUGAUGGCGGAAAUGUUGUUGCUGAUGAUGUUCCUUCUGGUUCAAUUCCUGAACAUUUGAAACCUAUGUCCUCCGAAAAUUCUGUUGAAGAUGGUUUGAUAGGUGAGAAAGAUGUUGAUUCUGAUGCUCCAAGUUUACCUCCAAAAGAUAAUACUCUGACUCCUUUGUUAUCGGUCGAGGAUAGUGAGCAUGUAUUGGAAGAUGGGAAUGAGAGCAAUGAUUCAAGGCUGUCAAGAAACAUAAUCGACCAGUAUGAGACUCAAACAGAAAGCUUCAGCUAUUUAUCUGAAGUAAGCAUAGCUGAUCUUGAACAGAGAAUUAGCCGGCUAGAGAGAGUGCAAAGAAAACUAAAGAGAAAAAGAGGAAAGAAUCAAGUGUAAACAUGACUGUUCUUUUUUGGUGCAUGGCUUGGAUCAAAUGGAAGAAUAUUGUAUAUGCAACUUAUGAGUGUGAAGGGUCAUGUAACUUCUAGGGGCAUACCAACUUAAGCUGCAUUGUGCUAUGGUAAAUGUAUUUUGAUAUCUCAAUGGUGGACCGUGUAUUUCUAUUAACUGUUCUAAUUUGUUUUCAGUUAGGACCCUUGACUUAUUUGAUUAUAUUGCUUCUCACUGUUA